CAGGCUGAGGGCAGAAAGAGAGUUUAACCCUUUGAGGGGCAGCAGAGCUGAAACCUGUUGCUGUCAGAGGGUUCUGGUUAUGGGUUCUGGUCCAGUUGUCCGGUCCAGACGUCCCUGUGGGUGAAAGCUGUGUGAACAGAUCUGGUGUCCUCAGUGUGUCUCGGGUCGGUCCCGGCGGCAGCAGGGAAGGGGUUAAAGGUGUGGACGUUUCCACAGAGGGAAGUUAUCUGGAAAGUUUCCCUCCCAGCAGCCAAUCAGAGCGCAGCGCUCUGACUGCAGGCGAACACAGUUUGGGUGUUUUCUCCACUGCAGGAGACUCUGCUUACACCUCCGUCGACAUGGUGACCACCGAGUCCCACCAGGACCAGGACCUGAUGGUCCCCGCCGACGCUCCGGACCUGAACCUGAACCUGGACUCACAGGGCGAGGAGCAGGCCUCUGGUUCUGCUGCCUUCGACCCGGAGAAGCUGGGUCAGGGUCCAGUCAACGCCAUCACGGUUCUGACUCUGCUCGACAAGCUGGUCAACAUGCUGGACGCCGUGCAGGACAACCAGAACAAGAUGGAGAUGCACCAGGUCCAGAUGGAGGGUGUGGUCAGAGGGAUCCAGGCGGACAUGACCCGGCUGUCCAAGAGUCACAGCCACACGUCCAACACCGUCAGCAAGCUGCUGGACAAGAGCCGCAAGCUGUCCGUGACCAUGAAGGAGGUCCGGGAGAGGAUGGAGCGUCAGGGCGCCCAGGUCAGGAAGCUGGAGGCGAACCACGCCCACCUGAUCAGCAGGAACAACUUCAAGGUGCUCAUCUUCCAGGAGGAAAACGAGAUCCCGACCAAUGUUUUCGUGAAGGAGCCUCCUCCGUUUCCUCGGGAUGAGAUCCUGGAGGAAGGCGAGCCGUCUGCUCCGGGUGUCAGCGACGGCAGGCAGGACGGGGGCUUCCAGACCAUCGACCUGUCGUCUGACGAAGACGUUGGUCUGGAGGCCGACAUGGACGAAGAGGAGCCGUGGCCUCAGGAUGUGGACAGCAUGGAUAAGUCCAGAGCGGACAAACUGAAACGGUCCAGCCUGAAGAAGGUGGACAGCCUGAAGAAAGCCUUUUCCAGACAAAACAUCGAGAAGAAGAUGAACAAGAUCGGGACAAAGAUCGUUUCAGCAGAACAACGGGAAAAGAUCAAGCAGAGAACCGCCAGCCUGAAGGUCUCCCCUCUGACCUUUGGCAUCAAGAAGUCUCGCAGCAGCUCAGACUCUCAGCCUCCGGAGGCCUCAGGCCAGACCAGGGAGUCCCUCACAGCCGAGGCCGACAUCCAGCUGCCCUCACCAGGCGCCGCUGAGCUGGAGCUCCCCUUCACUGAGGUCCACGCCCAGCUGGCCCCUAAUGACCAGCAGGGGGUGCUCCAAGACCAGGUGGAAGCGGUAGUGGAGGUCAGGGAGGAAGUGGAGAAGGAGCUGGAGAUUGUGGAGGAAGUGAGGGAGGAGGUGAAGAAGGGUUCACUGGUGGUGGAGGCUGACGUGUCGGUGGUCUCUGAGGGACUCAGUGAAGCGUACGCUCUGUCCUCCACCCUCCCUCAGGAGGACGGAGCAGAGGAGAAGGAGGAGAAGGAGGAGGAGGAGUCCUAAGCAGAACAUGAGGGUUAGAUCAGACCAAUCAGAGGGUCCAGACCUUUCUAAAGGAACUCCACUCAGUUCCACUCAGGAACUACCAAAAGGUAUUCUGCUUUAUUCCUCAAACUUUUCAUGAAAUGUCAACAAUCACAUUCUUCCAAAACUUUUCCAACCUUCUCCUCUGAUAAACCUUGGGCCUCUCAGAGAUCAAACCACCAUCAGAGGGCAGAACCUGCGUCAGAUUUAUUUGAUCAUAGAUGAUCAGACCUGAUAAGCCCUGAUGUUCUCACAGGUUUGAAGUCUACAUGAUGAAAAUCAUCUUGAAUUCUUCCUAUGUGAAACCUGAUGGUAUGCAUGUUGGGAUCCAAGGUUCCUAUCAGUGUCUGGACUUCAGCCAUUCUUCUCAUUUUAUCAUUUUAUUUCAUUUCCACCAGCAAACCAUGAGAACUGUUUGGUCCAACCAGACCAAGAAGCUUGUGGAUCAUGAAACCAGGGGACCUUGAGGGCAGACUGGGCUCAGGAACCUCCAGGGUUUCCGUCCUCCCUAAGAGUAGACGCUGAAUCUGCAGGUUCCUGUGAGAAUCCAUCCAGUGUGUUUGAUUCAAACCCAUUGGAAUCAAAUCAAAACCCUUCAGUGGUCCUUGUUUCAUAUUUUCCAGAGUUCCUCAAACAUCCCAACCUUUUUAAAUGUGUCCUGAUAACUGAACCCCGUCUCUCAGAGGUUCUUCUGAUGAUCUCCAGUCUGACCAGGUCUCAUUCAUUGUUCUAUGAUGUUCCUAGAGGAACACCCUCUGCGGAUGAUCCAAGUUUUUUUUAAUGUUUUGACAUUCCAAGGAGUUUUCUCUGUAUUCCUUGCAUUUCUCUAGAAGUUUCCGCAACAUUCUGUCACAGCUCCUGAAAGUCUCUGCCAGACUUUCAACAACGUUCCAGUGUCUCCCCAGUGCUCCCAUAAUGCUCUCUGCCUUACCGUUGAGUCGUCGUCCCUCCUUCUCCUCAUGUUCCACCAGUGUUUGUUGUCCAGAUCCUGAGUACAGAAGUCCUGCUUCAGAUUCAUCAUACUCCUGAUUUUCCAUUCACCAGUUUUCAGUGGUUCUGUUGAUAUUCUAGAGAAAGUCAUAAUGUCACAUUAUUGAUAACCUUUGUGAUUCCAACUGAUUGAUUGAUCUAAAAUGGGUCAUUUUUUGUUUGUUCUGCCAAAGAUUAUUUCCUUCUGCAUCUCAUCUCAGGUGUUGAUGGAACAUUUCUUGUCCUAAAGUUUCCAGACUGUCUGAAUCGUGGUUUAUGUCUUUAGUUUUGCUUCUGAGCUGCUUUGCCUCUCUGAAGGCCACCUGCUGAUAGAUUGUUGUAAAUAUUGUUACACUUUUUCUGUUCUCUGCUAUAAAAGUUUUAACUCUGUAGGUCAGAGGACACUCUUUCCUCACCAGAUAAUAAACAUCAUGGUGCAUUUCACCUUA